AUGGAGAAGUACGAGCGGAUCCGCGUGGUGGGAAGAGGUGCAUUCGGGAUUGUCCACCUGUGUCUGCGCAAGGCUGACCAGAAGCUGGUAAUCAUCAAGCAGAUCCCCGUAGAGCAGAUGACUAAGGAAGAGCGGCAGGCAGCCCAGAAUGAGUGCCAGGUCCUCAAGCUGCUCAACCACCCCAAUGUCAUCGAAUACUAUGAGAACUUCCUGGAGGACAAGGCCCUCAUGAUCGCCAUGGAAUAUGCACCAGGUGGCACUUUGGCUGAGUUCAUCCAGAAGCGCUGCAAUUCCCUGCUGGAGGAGGAGACCAUCCUGCACUUCUUUGUGCAGAUCCUGCUCGCGUUACAUCAUGUGCACACCCACCUCAUCCUGCACCGGGACCUCAAGACCCAGAACAUUCUUCUUGACAAGCAUCGCAUGCUUGUCAAGAUUGGCGACUUUGGCAUCUCCAAGAUCCUUAGCAGCAAAAGCAAGGCCUACACGGUGGUCGGCACUCCAUGCUACAUCUCUCCUGAGCUGUGUGAGGGCAAACCCUACAAUCAGAAGAGUGAUAUCUGGGCCCUAGGCUGUGUUCUCUACGAAUUGGCCAGUCUCAAGAGGGCUUUUGAGGCUGCGAAUCUCCCAGCAUUGGUGCUGAAGAUCAUGAGUGGCACCUUUGCACCCAUCUCUGACCGAUACAGCCCUGAGCUGCGCCAGCUUGUCCUCAGCCUGCUCAGCCUGGAGCCUGCACAGCGGCCACCCCUCAGCCACAUCAUGGCGCAGCCCCUCUGCAUCCGUGCCCUUCUCAACCUUCACACCGAUGUGGGCAGUGUCCGCAUGCGGAGGGCAGAGAAGUCCUUGACAACAGGAUCACCUAUGGCCCCUGGCAGUGCAAGGGGAAGGACCACCAGCGCCCACUGCAGGGGGGUGCCCCGGGGUCCUGCGCGGCCUGCUAUCCCCCCACCUCUGUCCUCUGUGUAUGCCUGGGGUGGUGGGCUCAGUACCCCCCUGCGGCUGCCGAUGCUCAACACAGAAAUAGUCCAGGUGGCCGCUGGGCGCACGCAGAAGGCUGGUGUCACGCGCUCUGGGCGUCUCAUCUUAUGGGAGGCUCCUCCCCUAGGCGCUGGUGGGGGCGUCCUCCUCCCAGGAGCCUUGGAACUGCAGCAACCCCAGUUCAUCUCACGUUUCCUGGAGGGCCAGUCAGGCGUGACUAUUAAGCACGUGGCCUGCGGGGACCUCUUCACUGCCUGCCUGACUGAUCGAGGUAUCAUCAUGACCUUUGGCAGUGGCAGCAAUGGAUGUUUAGGCCAUGGAAGUCUCACUGACAUCAGCCAGCCCACCAUUGUAGAGGCCCUGCUGGGGUAUGAGAUGGUGCAGGUGGCCUGUGGGGCCUCUCACGUACUAGCCCUGUCUACCGAGCGAGAACUCUUUGCCUGGGGCCGAGGAGAUGCUGGCCGGCUGGGAUUAGGCACCAGGGAGUCCCACAGCUGCCCCCAGCAGGUGCCUAUGCCCCCAGGUCAGGAAGCCCAGCGGGUUGUAUGUGGCAUCGACUCCUCCAUGGUCCUCACAGUACUGGGCCAAGCCCUCGCCUGUGGGAGCAACAGGUUCAACAAAUUGGGCCUGGACCAUCUCUCACUGAGAGAGGAGCCUGCCCCCCACCAACAAGUGGAAGAGGCUCUGAGUUUCACACCUCUGGGCUCUGCACCCCUGGACCUGGAGCCCCUGCUGAGUGUGGACCUGGGCACUGCUCACUCAGCAGCUGUGACUGCCUCAGGUGACUGCUACACUUUUGGCAGCAAUCAGCAUGGACAGUUGGGUACCAGUGCUCCCCGGAGCAGCCGGGUGCCCUGUCGGGUCCAGGGAAUCAAGGUGGCAGUGGUGGCCUGUGGUGAUGCCUUCACUGUAGCCAUUGGAACAGAAGGUGAGGUGUACUCUUGGGGCAAAGGGGCCCGAGGUCGACUGGGAAGGCGAGAUGAGGAUGCUGGACUCCCUCGGCCAGUGCAGCUGGAUGAGACACACCCCUACACAGUGACCUCCGUGUCCUGUUGCCAUGGAAACACUCUUUUGGCUGUUCGCUCUGUCACUGAUGAGCCAGUCCCACCAUGA